AUGUCCAGCGACUACGCCCCGCCGACGACAGAGACGAUGGGCCACCAACCACACCCGUACCUCCACGAGCCCGUGCUCUACAUCACUGGCCUCCCGGCGUACGUGAAGGACGAGGAUCUCGCACCCUCAUUCCAGACCUGCGCGCCCUUCAGGCCGAACAUCCCGCGCGAUGGCUCCAGCAAGCCGGUCUCGGGCACGAUCGAGUUCAACGGAGAAGGCUCUCGCGACGCUGCAGGCGCGUCCCAUCCCUGGCCUCACGCCUCCAGUGCUGCUGGUGCUCUCUCCGUACCCGUCCACCACGCCGCCGACCCCGCUACCGCCGCCCAAUGCCAACCGCGUCUCAUCAAGCAUCUACCCCCGGGCUACACGGACGGUCAGCUCUAUGAUCUCUUCAGGCCGUACGGCGCGCUCGCGUCUGUCCGCACACAGUCGCCGUUUGGGAAGGACACAGGUGUCGUGGAGUACUGGCGUGAGGAGGACGCGCGUGAGGCGGAAGAGGCUAUGCAUUGCGCCGACGUAGAGGGACAGAAUAUCGCCGUGCAGGUGUACCAACCGAGGCGUGCAGGUGUGGCCACGAGCGAAUUCAACGCGACUGCACCCUCGUUUGUGCCGACUGGCUCGGUGCUCCCAUACCCUACGCAGUAUUCUCCGCCUCGAGCCUCCCCAUACCAGCCUCGUUCGCCUGCGUUUAUGCACGGCCCCGGUCAGCAAGUGCAGCUGGCGCCCUUGUCAGGCCCGGGUUCAACUAGCCACAGUGGAUUGAUCGAUCCAUGCAAUCUCUUCAUCAAAAAUCUCGAUACGAGUAUCGACUCUAAUGGCCUUUUCACGCAUUUCCGUCAGUUUGGCCAGAUUGUCAGCGCGCGAGUGAUGCGCAAUGAGAAUGGUGACAGUCGUGGAUUUGGAUUUGUUUCCUACCAGACGCCCGAUCAAGCCGCCGCGGCUAUGCACGGAAUGAAUAGCGUUAUCCUCGGUUCAAAACAGCUCGUCGUGCGAUUGCAUGAGCCCAAGCAGCUGCGACAAGAGAAGCUGGCAGCACGCUUUGCAGGGCACAAUGGUCAUCCAAGGGGCGGUAGCGGCGCAACUAGUCCGACCGCUAGCGAGGCAGGAGAAAGCUAUGCUGGUUGGCCGAGUCCCGGGAGCUACCCUGCAGCCCUUGGAUCCCCAGUCAUGGCUCAGCACAACCUUGAGCGUCCAGAUCGCGCGAGGAGAAGCUCGGGCAGCUACUACCAUGCUGCACUGUCAGGUACGCUUAAUCUGCCCAUGCGCUACGACGACCUGUCGGCGCUUUCACCCGUCGUCCGGAAAGAAGUCCUGUCUGGCGAGCUCAGCAGACGCAUCAAAGCAAUGGACGCUGUCUCACCCGGCGAACUUGAAUCUGUCGUCGACGCAAUUGUCGGCCUGUCCCUCAGUGAGGUUGUGCAAGGUAUCCAGGACCCUAUGAAGCUCGCCGAACAAGUGCAGACCGCCAAGGCUGGUCCCCAAGCACCAGCACCAUCGAAGUCACCAUCGCCCUCGAGCACGCUCGAUCUUGCUGCCCCCAAUGCGACGGCGUCGGCGCCGGACCACCCAUCAACGCCGAUCUCGAUGCCGACGACGCUGUCAACGCCCCCACGCACGGAGUCGCCAUCAGGCUCAGUCGCACCGACGUCCGAGAAAGAGAGAAUGGCCGUCGCCGUGGCGAAGCUCGAGUCGACCCGGGUCGCGGAGCUCACUGACCUGCUCAUGAGCCUGCCGAAGCGCGAGCGCGCAAUGUGCCUCUUCAACGUGGAGGUGCUCCGCGCGAAGCUCGCAGACGCGAAGAUGGUGCUCGACGUGGAGGAAGACGAGACGCCCGCCAAGUCAGUCCCUGAGCCGCCGGUGACGCCCCAGGCGCGGAAGAUCGCGCCCAUGGAUGCCUCCCCGAGAACGCCGGACAUGUCGUCCCGUGGCCCUUCUGCAGCUGCGUCGCCGAUGCCUGAGACGCCGAGCAGCACGGCCGCAUCGACGACGCACACGAUUGCGUCGCUCGCCCGCCUGCCCGCGUCUGAGAUCAUCAGGAUCGCGAACUCGUCGUCCGCGACGGGCCUGCCGCUGCCCAAGGCGGACCCGCUGGUGGUGAAAGCCACCGACGACUUUAUGGACGGCUUAAUGGACAAGCCCAUUCAGCAGCAGAAGCAGCAGCUGGGCGAUAAGAUUUUCCGUGUUGUGAAGGCUUUCGGUAUCAAGGGAGCACCUAAGAUCACAAUUGCCCUCCUUGACCGGGACGAUCUCCGCCCAUUGGCGCAUCUCAUGAACAGUUACCCGUCUGUGUUGAAGGAGAAGGCCCUCCUCGUCCAGGCAGCCAACCAGAAGUAA